CAAACGACAAAGUAUUGCUUAUAAUUCAGUUUCUGUUUUACAAAGACUUCUCUUCUCAUGUUAAUGAACGCUCAACAUGAUGAAAUAUUUUUGCUGUUGCCUUUUAUUUCUUAAUACUUUAGGCCACCAAAUCUUUAUAGCAGAUUACACACCUACGUGUGCUGUCGGAUGGUUUGGUUCUUCAUGCCAAUUCAAGUGUCGUUGCCAGUUACCAUGUCACUCAAAUGGCGAAUGUCCAGGAGGAUGUCAAACUGGUUGGUUUGGUCAUAAAUGUCAAUACCAAGACCUGAUAACUUCUGCCCAAGCAAGUCUCGUACUCAAUGGAGGGGAGUUGUCUCGCUUGCGAGACAAUAACGAGAGAACGUGCAUUACCGAACGAACCGUUACAGUUGACUUGAAAAUGGAGUUCUACUUUAGCUGGCUUCGGGCUGUCAUCAACUAUUCUCAGAACUACAGUCUAAAUGUUGUAUUUCAAAACAGUAACCAACAAAAUGUUACGUGUAAAGUGAAAAGGAAAAUUGAAGUGGACAAAAAAUACUUAGACUAUCAAUGUUUCAGCACUAUACGAGUGAGAUAUGUAACACUACAUGUUGCUGGUUGUCAAAUAUGUUCUCUUUGGAUCAGUGGAGGUAAGAACGUAGCACUAAAGCUCUUCACAAAUCAAAGUACUACAUAUCACGAUAGAGGCCAGUCUUUUAAUGCUGUAGAUGGCAAUACAGACAGUGAUUACUUCAAAGGCAGUUGUACACACACAGAUUUGAAGGAUGCUAAUCCAAACUGGCAAUUGGUUUUCCGACCUCCCGCUUUAAUUAACAGAAUUGUCAUAUAUAACAGACAGGGGCCAGAUUCAAAACGUCUUAAACAAUUUUCGCUGACUACGUUAAAUGUAGACAACAUUUGGAGUAACGGAGUUCCGUGCCCCUCUAAACACAAGUCUCCAGAGAAACGCUUGAAAAUGAUUGCCAUUGACGGCCCUCGAGACAUCCCAAAUAAUAAUGAAGUGUUUCUGACUCUGUGUGAAGUGGAGGCAUACGAAGAAUGCCCUAAGGACUUAUGGGGCUUAGAAUGUGAACAAUUUUGCAAAUCUACGUGCGAAGAUGGCUGUCGUCAAGAUGAUGGUCGGUGUACUGAAUAUUGUAUUGGCUACAGUGAUCCACCUUCAUGUUCAAAAGAAUGUCCAGAAGGUUCUUGGGGCGCUAAUUGCUUAAAAACAUGUAGCCCAUCCUGUAGUGCUUCUAAUAAAUGUGACAAGAUCACUGGUGAAUGCCUGGAUGGCUGUAAACCUGGAUUUCAAAUGCCAAGUUGUGAACAAAAAUGUAUUGACGGCUUAUUUGGUGCAAACUGCUCCCAGCCAUGUUCUGUGUUCUGCGAAGAUAAACCUUGUCACUAUAGAGAUGGUACAUGUACACAAUGUAGACCUGGAUAUAGAGGGCGCCACUGCUCGCAAACUUGUGACUUUGGUUUCUAUGGUAGAAACUGCUCCGAGAAAUGUUCUCCAUUCUGUAAAUAUGAAAUCUGUUAUCCAGAAACUGGUUUAUGUAAAUCUUGCAUUCCAGGAUAUAGAGGAGGCUUUUGUAAUGAAGAAUGCCAAGAAGGGAAAUGGGGAGAUAAUUGUUCCAGUCCAUGUAGUUCUAACUGCAUUACAUAUGAUACGUGUAAUAAGAUGACAGGCGAAUGCCAGGGUGGGUGUAAACCUGGAUUCCAAACUCCUAAUUGUGAGAAAAAAUGUGUUGAUGGCUUGUACGGUACUAACUGCUCUCACCCAUGCCCUGCUUUCUGUGAAGAGAAAAUGUGUAACCAUGAGGAUGGCACAUGUACUAAUUGUAUAGAUGGAUAUACAGGAAGCCAUUGUGUGGAAACCUGUGACUCUGGUUUCUAUGGUAAAAACUGCACAGAGCUAUGUUCUACAUUUUGUAAAGACCAAGACUGUUAUCCAGAAACUGGUCUCUGUAAAUCUUGUAGUCCAGGAUAUACAGGAAAGAACUGUACUGAAGAGUGCCAAGAAGGAACAUGGGGAGAUAAUUGCUCAAAUACAUGUAGUUUUAACUGUCAUACGAAUUGUAAGUGUGACAAAACGAAUGGCGUCUGCCAGGAUGGCUGCAAACCUGGAUUUCAGAUGCCUACUUGUCUGGAAAAAUGUAAAGAUGGGACAUGGGGUGAUAAAUGCUCAACUAAUUGUAGCUCAAACUGCAUUACAAGCAAAAAAUGUGACGAAACCACAGGUGAAUGCCAGGAUGGCUGUAAACCUGGAUUCAAAAUGCCUUUUUGUGAAGAAAAAUGCUCAGAAGGAACAUGGGGAGAUAAUUGCUCAAAUAUAUGUAGUGCUAACUGUAUUACAAACAAUCAAUGUGACCAAAUCACUGGGGAAUGUCAAGAUGGUUGUAAACCUGGAUUUCAAACACCCAAUUGUGAGGAAAAAUGUUUUGAUGGCUUGCAUGGUGCAAACUGCUCUCAGCCAUGUUCAGUCUUCUGUGAAGAUAAACCUUGUAAUCCUAGAGAUGGUACAUGUACACUUUGUAUAGAUGGAUAUAAAGGAAAGCAUUGUUUGGAAACAUGUGACUUUGGUUUCUAUGGUACAAACUGCAGUGAGAAAUGUUCUACAUUCUGCAAUUAUGAAAUCUGUUAUCCACAAAAUGGUCUAUGUAAAUCUUGUAUUCCAGGAUAUAGAGGAGGCUAUUGUAAUGAAGAGUGUGACAAAGGGACCUGGGGAGAUAAUUGCUCCAAACCAUGUAGUACAAACUGUUUUAUGAAUAAUAAGUGUGAAAGAAUUACAGGUAAAUGCCAGGAUGGCUGUAAACCUGGAUUCCAAUUGCCCAAUUGUGAAGAAAAGUGUAUUGAAGGCUUCUAUGGUACCAACUGCUCUCAACCAUGUUCUGUAUUUUGUGAGGGGAAAACUUGUAAUCAUAGAGAUGGCUCAUGCACCAAUUGUAAAGAAGGCUAUAAGGGAAGUCACUGUUUGGAAACCUGUGACCCUGGUUUCCAUGGUAAAAACUGCACAGAACAUUGUUCUACAUUCUGUAAAGACCAAGACUGUUAUCCAGAAACUGGUCUAUGUAAAUCUUGUAGUCCAGGAUAUAGAGGAGAUUAUUGUACUGAAGACUGUGGAGAAGGGACAUGGGGAUAUAAUUGCUUAACUUCAUGUAGUACCAACUGCAUUAUGAAGGGUAACUGUGACAAAGUCACAGGUGAAUGCAAGGAUGGCUGUAAACCUGGAUUCCAAAUACCCAUUUGUGAUGAACAGUGUAUUGAAGGCUUCUAUGGUCCCAACUGUUCACAACUAUGUUCUGAUUUCUGUGAAGAAAAUACUUGUGAUCAUAGAGAUGGUACAUGUAAUCAUUGUAGAGAUGGAUAUAAAGGAAGCCAUUGUUUGGAAACUUGUGAAUAUGGUUUCUAUGGUAAAAACUGCACAGAAGAAUGUUCUACAUUCUGUAAAGACCAAGAUUGUUAUCCAGAAACUGGCCAAUGUAUUUUUUGUAGUCCAGGGUAUACAGGAGACAAUUGUACUGAAGACUGUGAAGAAGGGACAUGGGGAGAUAAUUGUUCAAAUCCAUGUAGUACUAACUGUAUUAUAAACAACAUGUGUGACAAAGCCACAGGUGAAUGCCAGGAUGGCUGUAAACCUGGAUACCAAAUACCUGAUUGUGAGGAACAAUGUAUGGAUGGCUUCUAUGGUACCAACUGCUUUGAAUCAUGUUCUGCUUUCUGUGAAGAGAAAACGUGUAACCAUGAAGAUGGCACAUGUACUAAUUGUAUAGAUGGCUUUCAAGGAAACCAUUGUUUGGAUACCUGUGACCCUGGUUUCUAUGGUAAGAACUGCACUGAACUAUGUUCUACAUUUUGUAAAGACCAAGACUGUUAUCCAGAAACUGGUCUAUGUACAUCUUGUAGUCCAGGAUAUACAGGAGAUAAUUGUACAGAAGAAUGUUUAGAGGGAACAUGGGGAGAUAAUUGCUUAAAUCCAUGUAGUACAAACUGUGUUUCCAACACUACGUGUGACACAAUCACAGGUGAAUGCCAGGAUGGCUGUCUAAUUGGAUUCCAAUUGCCCAACUGUGAGGAAAAAUGUAUUGAUGGCUUUUAUGGGACCAACUGCUCACAACUAUGUUCUGAUUUCUGUGAAUAUCAAUCUUGCAAUCAUGAAGAUGGUACAUGUACCCAAUGUAGAGAUGGAUAUAAAGGAAGCCAUUGUUUGGAAACAUGUGACCCUGGUUUCUAUGGUAAGAACUGCACUGAACUAUGUUCUACAUUCUGUAAAGACCAAGAAUGUUAUCCAGAAACUGGUCUAUGUACAUUUUGUAGUCCAGGAUAUACAGGAGAUAAUUGUACUGAAGACUGUGAAGAAGGGACAUGGGGAGAUAAUUGUUCAAGUACUUGUAGUACAAACUGUAUUUCCAACUAUAAGUGUGACAAAACAACAGGGGAAUGUCAGGGUGGCUGUCAAAUUGGUUUCCAAAUACCUAGUUGUGAGGAACAAUGUAUUGAAGGCUUCUAUGGUGCAAACUGCUCUCAACGGUGUUCAGUUUUCUGUGAAGAGAAGUCUUGUAAUUAUAAAGAUGGUACAUGUACCAUUUGUAUAGAUGGAUAUACAGGAAGCCAUUGUUUGGAAACAUUACAAAGCAACUCUGGCGAUUCUGCAGUAAUCACAAUAACAAUAAUCAUCUUAAGCUUACUGAUAAUGGUAGCAGUAGUAGGUCUUAUUUGGAGAUUUAGAAAACAAGAAACUCUACCCUUCAAAUUGUUGUCAUCUAGCAAAAAGUCAAUAAAGAAAUGCAAUACAGACAUCAAGGAUGAUAUUGAACUUGACCUACAAAAUACUGAAACAAGUUCAGAACAGCAAACUGACUCAAAUACACUUGACACUACUUCUGUUUCUGUUCAAGAACUUCUGGCUUAUUUGACUUCAAAAGGAAAAGAAUUUUUAGUUCAGCAAUUUAAGAGUGUCCCACAAUCAAACAGUGUAACAACACAAGCAAGUCUCAGUGAUGUGAACAAAGCAGAAAAUAUGCAUGCCAAUAUUUGUCCCUAUGACUGUUCUAACAUAUGUUUGAAGAGAAAUGUGAAUAACAGUGAGGGAGAUUGUAUUAAUACUUCUUAUGUGACAAGUUUCAAGGCAGAUGCGACAUUUGUAGCUGUUCAAGGAUCUAACAAAGAUAUUAUGAAUGAUUUCAUCCGGAUGUUAUGGGAACAGAAAACAGACAUCACAGUUAUGUUGGCAAACACAGUAGAGAAUGAAAAGUUGAAAUGUCAACAAUACUGGCCAGAUAAGGGCACUCUUCUGUUUGGGAAAAUCAACGUAGAACUCUUAUCCACAGAGAAGUUUGCAGACUUUUCAAUGAGAAAGCUGGAACUUAGUGAGGAUGAUGAAAAUAGCCAUAUUCUAACUCAGUUCCACUUGAAUACCUGGCCAGACCAAGAUGUACCAGCAUCUCCCUGGGGUCUUGUAGAAUUCUAUCACAAAGUCUCAUCUUUUCAAACUUCUAAACCUAUUGUCGUCCAUAGCAGUGCUGGUGUAGGCUGUACAGGAACUUUUAUUGGUUUUUGGGAUUUAAUUGACCAAGCACAAAAGACUGGACAUAUAGAUUUCUUUGAUACGUUGGUCAGACUUAGGCAAGACAGGAUUGGGAUACAGACAGUGGAGCAAUAUGUCUUUCUUCAUCAAGCUGUACUUGUAGCUUCCUUGUACUUAAAGACUUAUACAAAAGUAAAUAAUUUUUAUGAAAAAAAUGUUGAACUCACUGAAAGAACAUCAUCUGGAAAAACAAAGCUGGAAGAGGAAUACCAAAAUAUUCUUAACACCCUUGCUUACCUUCGAAAUGAAUUGAAUAGUGUAACAUCAUCAAGUAAAAAUAGAUUUAGUAACAUCUUCCCAGAAUCUGACUAUCGUGUUGUUCUGGCUAGUGAACCAAAAGACUCAAGACAUUUUAUUAAUGCAGUAUUUGUUCCGAAUUUCAGACACAAGAACCAACAUAUUUUGACCCAGCUUCCCAUGCCUCAGACACUUGUAGACUUCUGGAGAAUGGUCACUGAAUAUAAAGUGUCUCUUGUUGUGACUUUUGAAGCAGAUACAUCAGCAACAGAUGAGUCUUUAGCAGAAUAUCUUCCCAGCAAUGAAGAUCAAGUCAUAAUGUGUACACCUUUCCAAAUUCACUCAGCUUUUAGAAAUGAGACAGACUUAUGGGAAGAGAAAAAAGUUACAGUUUAUAAUAAAUCAGAGCAUCACAAACUAGUUCAUUUGAAAAGCAAGUUCACUGACCUAGACUCUACAAAAUUAUUGAUGUUUGUUAAACAACUGAGAUCUUAUGAUGUCUCUGGUAAAACAGUCUAUAUGUGCAGAAAUGGUGCUACCUACAGUGGCUUGAUCUCUGUUUUACAUGAUCUGCUGGAUAGACUGGACAAUGAUACUUUGUGUAGUAUACCCAUUAGAGUUGGUUUGAUAAAGACUGUCAGACCACAGGCCAUAUCAACAUUGGAGCAGUAUAAAGCACUGUUUGAUAUCCUCAGCCAGUACACAGAGAACUUAACUGUUAUUUCAGAAACACACACUGCUCUUUAAAAGAGAUUGAGGAUUAAAGAAGUAAAUCUGCUCUCAAUUUUCUACUUUUUUAUUGAUUCACUUUAUGAUACUCAAAGGUUUCUGUAAAAGUGAUAAUUUGAUUUUUAUCCCUUCAUCUAAAAAUCUGUCAUUGGUAAACAGUAUAUGUAUACAUAUAUAACGGAAGUACAUGUCAAGAAUUGAAGCUUCUUUGUUAUACUCAUUUUCUUUUCUCAGCUUUCUUUGUAAGUUACUUGCUGACACUUUUGAUGAUCAUAAAGUGUCUUUUUUUUUUCCUUUUAGUAAAUUAUCAAAAUUGGUUUAGCCUCUAACAGUUAGCUAGAUGAGAAAUAAAGUGUUCUUUUAAGACUAUUCUGCUGAAUUUUAAAAAAGUAUUAAUUUUGAAUACAAUUGUCCAUUCAAUCAUAUAAUAUUGCUUAACUAUUAAUUGUAAGUAAUUAAUAAGUGGGAUGUGUGGCUUAGAGGCUUAAACAGCUUGGCUAACUAUCAAGAGGGUUUGGCUGCCUAUAAGGGGGGGGGGGGCUCAAGUCAUCACACAACCAGAGGUAAUCUGUGUUUGCUGAGUGCCUAAAGGCAGCAUGAAAAUCUCCUGUAUACCCCUUUCCUCUCACUAGUUCACUAAGAGAUUGGUUAAUAGUGCACUGAACUAUGUACAUGAUAGUGUGAGAUUGGUUAAUAGUGCACUGAACUACGUAGUGUGCUUACAAAAUGCAAGUUCAAAAAGUAAAUUGUAUAAGCUCUUCUCCAACCUUGACUGCACACAUGGUUUUGUUGGAAAGUUGGAAUCAUAAUAUUCAUUUUCAAAUGUAUCUAAUUGUUCUGACAAUUUUCUGUAAGAAAGAUUUUGAAGUGUUGUAAUGUAUAUUGGACUUUGCUCUUAAGUGGUAUUCUACUAAAUUAAGAAAUGUUCCAUUGACUUUUUAAAUGAGACUUGAUGUUAUACUGAGUUCAGUUUAUAUAAAUGUACAUUUGUUAACGUUGCACUAUUUUAUUAGAUGCAUCACUAACAGGCUCAUUAUCUUCCCCGCCAUCUUUUUUUCCCUUAAUGGCUGAUUUUUGCCCAUUGAUUUGGCAUCUACAAAAGUGUAAACAAAUAUGAAUAAAAUUUUCAAAUCAUUGUCCUUUGUUUUUUUUUUAAAUUUAUUUUACUAUUGUUAUAACAAUUUCAUUUUUUUUAAUGAUACAAAAGGCCUAUCCACUUGACUAGCUAUAGUGACAAGA